AUGACUGUUGACGCCCAGCGUGUUGUAGCCAUUAUGGAGGAGGUGACAGAGAAGCUAACGUAUCUCUCAGUCGCCACCCGACAGGAUGUCAUGGUAAAGCGGAUGAAGAUGACAGUUGAAGAAGAGCGAGCCAGGAAGGAGCUGUUGGAACGUUAUAUCCAGCAGGAGAAGGCCGCCUCCUCGCGGCGGACCGAACUCGAAAAGCAACUAACACUUCUUCGAACGGAGAGAGAGAAAGCCUCAAACAGAUCGUGCGAAACGGUUGUCAAGCUGAAGGCAGACUUACAGGAUGUCCAUGAUUUCACAGAACAACGUCUGGCACAGUUGCAUGAGCAGUAUAGAAAGCGGGAAGCGGAACAUACACGAAAUUUUGAUGUACGGGCAUCGGAACUUGUAGCACGGAUGAACCAGCAACAAAAGCAUAAUUCCAUGGUGUUCUCUCGAGGGAAACAGGAAACAGACACAUUGAAGAGCAAGACGAAGAUUGCAGAGAAAGAUCUGGAGCGAAUCAUCGAAACCUACGAUCGUGAAAUGAUGGAGAAAAACGCCAAAGCGAGAGAAGUCGCGGAAGCGAACGCAACGAAGGAAGAGUUAGUGGUUAAUCUGCAGAAGCAGUUGCAAGUUGUCAAUGAAGAGAAUGACCGGAUACGUCAGGAAUACGAAAUAGAGAAGGUUCGCCAAUCAAUCAUCGAUAGGCAGCUACAGAGGCUGGCUGCAGCGGCUACGCUUCUUCAAGCGUACUGGCGAGGAAUAAGGCAACGCGAAGAGUAUGUAGCAAUGAAAAAGAACGCUCGCAACAAAAGAGGAUGGAAAGGCAAGAAGAAUUAG